AUGGAUAAUUCCUCCGCCGGCGGCGGACGACAAACUGCGCGGCAGCGGGAGCUGCACGGUCCGCGGCCGGCUCCUCUGACAGUCAAGAAAGAGUCCCGUAAGAUAAAGAAGUCCCCAGUGGCGCUUCCGCCGCCGCCGCCGCCGCAGCAGCAGCAGCACCGGCGUCCCGUCAUUAUCUACACCGUCUCCCCCAAGGUCAUCCACACCACCCCAGCCGACUUCAAGUCCACCGUGCAAAGCCUCACCGGCGGCCGCGCGACCACAGCCUCCGACCGCGACGGAAACAGGGGACCGGCUCCGUUCUCGCCGGAACAACGGAGAGGCGGAGGGGGGAUCUUGUCGCCGGGGCCUGCAUCGCUGCCAUGGAUAUCUCCGGCGAUCUUUACUCCUACUGCGAUCUUUACGCCGCCAGAGAUUCAAUUUAUCGCGAGUCCAAACAGCAAUCUAUUCUUCUCCGGCACCGGCAUGGUUCCUUCCCCGACGGCUUACAGGGAUCUCUUCGUCAACUAUUAUCAACAUUAA